GAGCAGAAGACAAAAAUGGCAGAUCGAGGAUACAGUUUCUCUCUCACAACAUUUAGCCCCUCUGGCAAACUGGUUCAGAUUGAAUAUGCCCUGGCUGCUGUUGCAGCUGGUGCUCCGUCUGUAGGAAUCAAAGCAUCAAAUGGAGUAGUGCUGGCGACUGAGAAGAAACAGAAGUCCAUACUUUAUGAUGAACAGAGCGUACAUAAAGUUGAACCAAUAACCAAACACAUAGGCAUCGUGUACAGUGGAAUGGGUCCUGACUACAGGGUGCUGGUCAGAAGAGCAAGGAAGCUGGCCCAGCAGUAUUACCUGAUAUACCAAGAGCCAAUCCCCACAGGCCAGCUGGUACAGAGAGUGGCUUCUGUUAUGCAAGAAUACACACAGUCAGGAGGUGUGCGGCCCUUUGGAGUCUCUCUUCUAAUUGCCGGUUGGGACGAGGACCGACCAUACUUAUUUCAGUCAGACCCAUCGGGAGCAUACUUUGCCUGGAAAGCAACAGCAAUGGGAAAAAACUAUGUCAAUGGAAAAACAUUCCUUGAGAAAAGAUAUAAUGAAGAUCUGGAACUUGAAGAUGCUAUACACACUGCCAUCUUAACUUUAAAGGAAAGUUUCGAAGGUCAGAUGACUGAGGACAACAUAGAGGUGGGCAUCUGUAAUGAAGCAGGAUUUCGCAGACUCUCACCUGCUGAGGUGAAGGAUUACCUGGCAGCAAUUGCAUAAACCUCUAACACUACAACUGCUUACAUAGUUUGCCAGUGCGGUUUGGUUGUUCGUUUAAAUGCUGAAUUUUUAUGUACAUCUGUUUAACUGACUUCUUUAUAAAACAAUGAAUAUUAUUAAUCCUGUUUGUUUCAAUAUGACUGCACUUUCUGCAGUUAUCUACUAGACUGUAAUUAAGAGUAGGUCUGUAAAUUACUGACUUUGAAAUAAGCAAUUGAGUGAACGGUGCCUGCCUUCUUACAGUACUGCCCACACUAAUGGGAUCUUCAACCUGAACAACAGCACUUUUAUGAUGUACACAAUGCUAUUGACUUACUAGGUUCUUGCAUAAAACGUUUCACUCCAAAGUGUUGAACAAAGUCUUACAUUUCAUAAACUUCUCCAUAUCCCAUUCUGGCAUCCAUGCAGAUGAAGUCAUCCAGAUUCAUUUUAGAUUCUGUGAAAAUGGCACAUUAAACCAUGUCACAGCAUGAAGAAAUCAAUUUGUGAUAUUUAAAUGCAGGUGAGUCAUAUAAACAGAAAAAUACCUGAUGUUUCUAUGCCAGGAUAUGUUGGAGGUGGCAUAUGCCAGUUCCCAUCACAAUCCUUCAUGUGACCGAUCUGAAGCAAACCUAUUUAUGUGAACGUCUGCUAGUAUGACACAAAGUUUUCUAAAACACAGCAGAUAAGCAUACUUGCUACCAGCAGCAAUUUCUCAGAGUAGGCAACGGAGGCAAUGUCUCCUCAAAUUCAGGUGGGCAAAAUAAAGCACAUAAAUUAAAUGAGGGGAGACAUUGGCUACGAUUAGCGCCGAUUCGUUCAAUAUACUGUCAAUGUGAUAGUGCCGUCCAGGGCUAUAGCAAGGUAUCCUGGGCCCCCUAAAUGUAUAUUGCUCAGGGCCCCUUUAUAUUACAAAAUACAAUUUGGAAUUUGUUGUGGGGACCCCCCUGGACCUGUGGAUCUCUAGAAACAUUACCACAUUUCACCCAACUAGCUACUGCCCUGGUGGUGGCCUCCAGUGCCCUAGUCCUCACUGCGGGUCUCUGCAGAUCGCCAUGAAUGGGACAAACAAAUGGAAGUGCAGAAACUAUUUGCACAGAAACUGACACACACACACAACCACACUUUUGGUCACAUCCAAAUAAAAAUUAACUUAAAAUGACUUGAAAUCUGAACUGGUAUGCCAGUAAAACAUUUUUAGUGAGCACUCACUCUUAAAGGUACAGAUAUGUGCCAUCACAAACCCUGUGUUGUUUACCAACGAGUAAAUGAUGCAUGAUCCCAAAUUAAGAUGACUAUAAAAACAAUAGGCAAACAGAUUAAAUAUUGAUUAAAUUUGUAGGUAUUGUUUUUGAGGCAAUAAUAAAAAUAUAUUAUAAAGCAAUGCAUAUAUUUGAGUCUUUGAUUUGACUUGAUUAAAUAA